GUUAUGCCCCCUUGUCCUGUCCCUCCUUCCUGCCUGCGUUCUUUGUUUGUCUCGCUCGCGGUUGCUUCGUGGCCUGCGCAACGCAAUCCACUCCUCGCCCAGCAAACCCCCUCCCUCUCUCCCGUCUCGUCGUCACGUCGCUCCUCACGCCUCGACCGUGUCGAUCUCCUGCCCACUCUCAGGCCACUGCGCAUAGCCCUCGACCAUGCUGGCCAAGCAGAGCUCCAUCCGCGUCGCCCUCGCCCUCGUGGCCCUCAUCACCAUACUUGUCUGGUACUCGAGCGGCAGCCUCUCCUCCCCACACCGCGUGUCCUCCUUCGCCGACUACGGCCGCAAGUCUGGCCUGCUCGGCGACAUUGGCAAUGCCACCUGGGGCUUCGAGGAUAUCCUCGUCGUCAGCCUCCCCACACGCACCGACCGCCGUGAUGGCAUGCAGCUCCAGGCCGCCCUGAGCGAGGUCAGGAUCAAGUUUGUGGACGCCAUCAUCGGCAAGACCAUCCCGGACAAUGCCAUCCCCAAGACCACUCAGCACGACCGCAUGGGCGAUGCGUCAAUCGGCUCUUGGCGCGCCCAUAUGAAUGCCAUUCACGAAGUCGUCGCGAGGAAUCUCUCCUCUGCCUUGAUCCUCGAGGACGAUGUCGACUGGGACAUCCGAAUCCGCCAGCAGCUCCAUGACUUUGCCCUCUCGGCCCAGGCCCUUACGCAGCCGCUCACCGGCAGCAGCCACACCUACGCCGACCCCACGUACCCUCACCCUGCCGAGGGCGCACCAGGCGCGGUUCCCGACCUCAUGUUUGGAUCUCUACCGCAGACAAUCCCUCCGAAGAUGUCCCCAUACGGCGACGACUGGGAUCUCCUCUGGCUUGGGCACUGCGGCAUGCGCUUCGUCUCACCAGAGAACCCGGUUGCCCCCAAGGCACGCGUGAUCCACCUCAACGACGAGACCUGCCCGGAAAAGCGCUAUCUGUGGAGCAUUACUGGGCCAUUCAAGCUCGUCGACGACUACCCGCAGCACACCCGCGCCGUGCACCACUCGGAAGAGGGUGUGUGUUCGCUUGGCUAUGCCAUCAGCCAGCGUGGUGCUCGCAAGCUGCUGUACGAGCUCGGCACCAAAGACCUCAGGGACGGCUUCGAUAUCCUGCUGCGGUUCUUCUGCAACGGCGGCGGUGGCCGCAAGCCCCACAUGUGCCUGUCUCUCUCGCCUGGGCUUUUCCAUCACCACCGCGCUGCUGGCCCGCUGGCAGCGCAGAGUGACAUUGGCGACCAUGGUGAUGGAUUCAGAGAUCAGGCGCUCACGGACAUGGUCCGGUGGAGCGUCCGCCUGAAUGCUGAGACGCUGCUGGAUGGUGGCACCGUGUUCCACGACCAGUACCCGAACUCGGAUGAUGCGUGAAGCCUGUGAUACCAUGGCGUCUUGCAGCAUAUCCAGCGACUUUUACACUUUAGCGCCAGCCACAUGCCCAAAGCCAUAUCAAGCGUCCUGUAUCGA